AUGGCAUGGCAGAGACAUCAUGAAACAGUUCAAAGGUUGUGGAAUGAAUUGCGGGAAGCGGAAACAACAUUGGAUCUUUCGGAUCCAUCAAAGAUCCAGAAGUAUUGCGAUCAGAAGCUGGAUCAUUUUGAUCCGCAGAACACAGAGACCUGGUGCCAGCGAUUCUUGACCAAUGCCACUUUCGAGAAACCUGGAGGACCAGCUUUCAUUUACAUUGAUGGAGAUAAUUUUCCCUGGCGAUCGGGAAGACGUCCAUGCACCAAUGUUUGCAACAACAUAGUGCAACUUGCCAAGGAAUUUGGGGCCAUCAUAUUAGCUGUGGAGCAUCGUUACUACGGUGGCGCCGACUUUGAUGGGGUCCCAGACUUCACCACCCAGAAUUUGAAGUACCUUACAAGCCGCCAGGCCCUGGCUGAUUUGAACCAGUUCUGGGCUUGGAUUUCGAUUUCGGCACAGCUCUCAAAUGUGUCGGAGGUGGUGGUUUUUGGUGGUUCCUAUGCAGGCUCCUUGUCCGCCUGGGCACGGAAGCUGUAUCCCGAGAGCUUCGGGGCCUCGGUCGCCUCCAGUGCCCCGUUGUUGGCACAGGCCAACUUCGUCGGCUACAACGAUGUGGUGGCCUCGGCACUUACGGCACCCUUGGUGGGUGGCUCACCCGAGUGCCUGGCCACCUUCAGUAAGGGACAUGCCGAACUCAAAGAAAUGAUGACGAGGGCAGAAGGGAGGAGAGCAGUAGAGAAGAAGUUUAAUCUCUGCGGCUACAAUCCUCUGGAUGACGAAAACAAUAUUGCGUUGUUGGCAGAUGAUUUCGGUGAAGUUGUGACAACCAUCCCACAGAAUAACGAUCCCGGAUGCGAACAUACCAGAUGCAACAUCAAGUUGUUCUGUGGCAACCUCUCCAUCAUGACCAAAAGCACGGUGAGUGCCAUUGAUGCCCUUCAGCUGAUGCAUGACUUCCAGAUUCAGGAAAAGGAAGCCAGAGGUUAUCCAGCGCCUGCGUGCUGGAAUGUCAAUUACGCCGAGUUUGUGGAUUUCAUGAACAGAACCGAGAAGGUCAGUGGCACAGAUCCGAGAGCGUGGCCGCAACUUGAGCGCCUGUAUUUUUACCAACAGUGCAAUGAGUUUGGAGGCUUUAAAACCUGCGAAACUGGCAGCAACUGUCCAUACGCCCAGGGCUACAAUACCAUCCAUUGGUACCUGGAACGCUGCAGACUAUUCUUCGAUAUGUCGCCAGGGGAUGUCCUGCACAACAUAGACAAGACCAAUGAGUUCUACGGUGGAGCAGCAUAUCCAGGUGCCACCUACACGGUGUUUGUCAAUGGCGAGGUGGACCCCUGGCACUGGCUGUCCACCCUGGUGGGUGAAGAUCCAACGGUGGACGCGAUCUUCGUGAAGGGUGCCUCGCACUGUGAGUGGAUGAAUGCGGUAGGGCCUGGAAUGCCAGGGAUGGUGAUUGAAGCCAAGAAGGCCAUCCAGAACAAGAUCGCCUCCUGGUUGCUCAUGGCAGAACCGGGCAAGCACACAAAGCCUGAGGCAACCAAGGAUACCAAGGAAGUUAAGUCGCUGAAGGCAGAAGCCAAAGAUCCCGAGCCAGCCAAGGACGCCAAGGACGCCAAGGAGAAACCAAAGGAUGCAAAGGCAGCCAAGCCCAAAGAGAACAAGUUGAGCAAAUUUCUCUUGGCCACGGAAUCGGAGAUAACCUCACAUUUGCAGGUGAGAAUGGAGCUCUAA